AUGCGUGAUGCGAACAGCGUGUACUACAGGAAGCUGAAGGAGCUCGAGGAAACCUGGGAGUCUCGCAAAGCCUACGAGGAUGAGAAACAGAUCCUAAUGAAGGAUCCACAAUCCCAGAGUGAACUUGAUUCUUUGGACCGCCGCUCAUACGUUCUCGCUCUGGUCUACUGUGACCGGAUACUGGCCAGUAACAGCAACUUUCGCUGA